CGAGUAUGCAUUCCAUAUUUUGGAGCGUUAAUGCUUAAAGAUCUUUGCCUUGAAUCCAUUUAUCAAUCUCUCUAUUACUUUGUCUUUAAACUGAGUUCAAUGGACAUUCUUGACUUAUGUUAUGAUCAAGAUCUCAGAAAGGUUGACGUGAGAGUGUAAAGUUGUGCCAGAUUUGAUUGGAAAGUCAAUAUUACAUCAGGAAUGCCGUAAAACAGUAACAUUGCACCAGAAAUCUGAAAUGAACUCUGAAGGGAAUGGAAGCUCAAAUGCUUUAACCACUACCCAAAAUAGUACACGUAUCUUAAAUCAAGAGCGGUGCUCCAUUGGUGGUUCAAGCCUUACCUCAUCGCAAAUAUGUCCACCACCUCUUUGUCGGCAAUUCUGGAAAGCUGGAAAUUAUGACGAUGGCUUUUCUUCUAAGCCAACUCAUAAAAAUGAUACCAGUUACUUGGGCAUUCACCCCAAGUUCCUACACUCAAAUGCCACAUCACACAAAUGGGCAUUUGGUGCCAUAGCUGAGCUGGUUGACAAUGCUGUCGAUGAGGCACCAAAUGGAGCUUCUUUUGUCAUUGUAGAUAAAUACAUAAAUCCAAGAGACGGAAGUGCUGCUUUGUUAAUUCAAGAUGAUGGUGGUGGAAUGGACCCUGAAGCAAUGCGCCAUUGUUUGAGUUUUGGAUUUUCAGAUAAGUUGAAGUCAGCUAUUGGAAAGUAUGGAAAUGGUUUUAAGACCAGCACUAUGAGACUUGGGGCAGAUGUUAUAGUCUUCAGCCGCUCAAUGAGGAACAGGAAAUUGACCCAAACAAUUGGUCUUCUAUCUUACUCUUUUUUGACACAAGCAUGCCUUGAUAGAAUUGUGGUCCCCAUGAUUGACUAUGAGUUUAAAACAUCAACUGGUGCAUGGGAUUCAUUAUCCACAAAGGAAAAGUUUAUGAGUAAUCUUUCUUUGCUGUUGCAGUGGUCUCCAUAUUCAACAGAGUCAGACCUUCUUAAACAAUGUGAUGAUAUUGGCAAUCAUGGUACGAAGAUUAUUAUUUAUAAUUUAUGGUUAGAUGAUGGUGGAAAAACAGAGCUUGAUUUUGACACCGAUCCUGAGGAUAUUCGUGUUUGUGGAAAUGCAAUUACAGAGAAAGGCAAUCGUGUAUCAGAAAGUGAUAAGCAUCUUGCUAAUAGUCUCCGGUUUUCGUUGCGUGCAUAUCUAUCAAUCUUGUACUUGCAAGUCCCAGAAAAGUUCUUCAUAUACUUGAGAGGACACAUGAUUGAGUAUCAUCAUAUUGCUACUGAUCUCAAGUACCCUGAAUUCAUUUUGUAUAGACCUCAAAGCAGUGGAUGCAAAGAGGGUUCAGUUGUAACCACAAUUGGAUUCCUAAAGGAGGCUCCAUUAGUGAAUCACCAUGGUUUCAAUAUCUACCACAAAAAUCGAUUAAUACUGCCAUUUUGGCAAGUUGUCAACUACACUAGAAGUAGAGGCAGAGGGGUUGUGGGUUUUCUCGAAGCAAACUUCAUUCAGCCUACUCACAAUAAGCAGGACUUUGAAAGAACUGCACUUUUUCAUAAGCUUGAAAUUCGCUUGAAAGAAAUGACGUUGGAGUACUGGGAUCAUCACUGUGGAUAUCUUGGUUAUCAACCAGUCAAGAAAACUCAGAGUUCAAUCAGUACGCAGGUUCCAUCUGAAUACCAUCAACCCAGUUCUACAUAUCAGCCGGGUCUGCUGGUUAAAAACCGUUCCAGCAUCACUGGUUCAAAAGUCUCAAAACAAGGAAGCUUAGCACCAACCUUUCAGGAUAAUGCCCGACAAGGAGCGCCUCCUAAAAGGAAGGUGCACGAUUCUCCAAUAGAACUCGAAAAUGUAACCGUCAGUAGUGCUGCUGUUAUUUCCAGCACCAGUCCAACUGCAGAGCCUGUAACUAGUACCACUAGUUAUUUGGAAGCUCAAGAGUCGGAAGCUCAAGAGUCCACUAAGAACAACUUGAUUCGAGAGAACAAAAAGCUCCAUGCAAGGUGCUUGGAAUAUGGAAAGACGCUGGAGGAACUUGAUUUGAAGGUUGUUUUUCUUCGGAAGGAACUAAAGAAUGCGAAAUCAGAGUAUACUGGCUUGUUAGCUGAAUCAAGAUUGGUGGAGAAGGUAGGACAUGGAAACAAUGUUCUAAAUACACAAUCUGUCACCAACUUCAUGUCAAUGCUUAGUAAAUAUUUGUGAAAUGUAAAUGUUUGUGUUAACAAAAAGCAUGCAGCCUAGUGUUUUGGUUAUUGGCAGGGCAACUAGAAAUAGAAAUCAGUGUAGGUUGCCAUGUAAAUACCGUUUAGAUUGGUAUGCUAAACACUAAACACUGUCUUGGCCUGGGGAGCCGUUUUGUGUAGUCAUACAUGCACAUAAUUUUGUUUUUAAUGACAUUUUAUUUUGAUAUGGCAA